UGCUUAAAACAUAUUCCUACAUGCCCAAUCGUGUAUAAUAAAUCAUUGAUGUAGCUUUAAUGUAUGGGCGGAUGCAUCAAAUUCAAGAGAUCAACAAUCGUUACAGGUUGGGUUUUGUAGGCAUUCAGAUAUUGUUAAAUGUGCGGAAUUUAAAAUUGGAGCUCUGUCGGUUGCAAAUCUUUGGACAUAAUAGUGCUUUAGAAUGUGAUUUAUCUGGAUGCUAAACAAUUAGUAAUAAUGUUUGGUUCCCGACGUUAGAUAUGCAGUACCAAGUGGCGGUCAGAGUACUAGCGAUCUUUAAACUUAGCCUGAUUGCAAGAGGUACCUCGACCUGUCUGGAAACUACGUUACUGGUGUCCGGGAAAAGUCCCAUUCCUGACGAUUAUCUGACGGCUUCUAGUGAAAUUGAUAGCCCGACGAGAUCCAGGUUGGAUACUGAAGAAAUAUUUGUAAACAAUAGUUGGCUAAAUGGCUGUUGGUCUGCCCAAACAAUUGAUUCUCGGCAGUGGAUACAGGCGAAAUUCCUAGAAAGGAGCCACAUUACUGGAAUAGUGACCCAGGGAAGAAAAUUUGUAAGAGGUUUAGCCCAACGAGUUACAUCAUAUCGGUGUCACUUUUCAGAAGACUGUGUGAAUUAUGUAACAAUCAUAAAACCAAACGGUGACAAUGAGAUUUUUCCUGGCAAUACAGACCAAGAUUCACAUGUGACAAACUUGUUACCAAAUCCAGUCCUUGCAUCGUGCGUGCGCAUCCAACCAGUCACGUGGGUUCAGCACAUAUCGUUACGAUUUGACUUGCUGGGAUGCACAUGUGGAAAUAAUUGCGUUUCGCAAUGUAAACAAAUCUGCCCCACGAACUGUGCAUCGGUGAACAAUGGAACAAGUUGUGACGACCAAGGUGUUUGCGUAGAGGGUUGUUUCCGGGACUUUUUUGGCAGCCAGUGCAAUAAUCCUUGUCCAUCAAACUGCGCAGCUGGAGCAAAUGGUAGCAGAUGUGAUCAACCAGGUGAUUGUGUCAACGGAUGCGUAAAUGACCAUUUUGGUAGACAGUGUUCGAACCAUUGUCCAACAAAUUGUGCAGCAGGAACAAAUGCUAGUAGGUGUGACCAACAAGGUGAUUGUGUCAACGGAUGCGUAAAUGACUAUUUUGGUAGACAGUGUUCAAAUCCUUGUCCAACAAACUGUUCUCCAGUAGCUGGUGGGAACCGAUGUUCAAACCCUGGCACGUGCACAAUGGGAUGCAUUACGGGAUAUACUGGUGGAAAAUGUGAAUCAUCGAUAGACGGAUUUGUGUCUGAAGAGAGCGGGAACGGGUUUAAGUCUGGAAUGAUUGCAAGCUUGAUUGUGAAUUUUGUCGCCAUAAUAAUAAUCGCGGUGAUGAUUUGCUUACUGCGGAAGAAAAGACUUACCAAUACCGAUGUUGUCAACAAAUCAAUAAGCGACCCAUCAGGGCACGCAGAACUCAAUCAAUUCAGCCCGGAGACCUGUCCUGUGUACAGUAACUUGGACAACAAGAGGGAUGAAGCCAAACCGUAUGCGGCUCUUCAUUUUGGACAUGCUUGAAGUCAAUAACAAAGAAUGGAACAAGCAUUAUAUUUACUUGUGCAACAGUAUAUGGUGUUUGUGGUACGAUCAUAUGCUUUCUUUGUAUAUUGUGGUUACCAUUAUUAUAUAGCGAAAGACUGCACACCAUAAAGUGCAAUCGAGUAUAACGUAAUGACGUUUGUGGAUUUUUGAGAAACAUAUCCUGUUCGACAUUAGCAAUACUUCUACAGUGUAUGAACUAUGUACUUUUUUGCAGUACGCAAAACAGUUAAUUACGUGCUGGUGGAAUGAUUUUUUCAAAUUAAAUUUGUUGAAUACUCUGUAAUGCAUAAUUAAGCGUUAGAAGUAGACAUUUUUUUUUCAUGCAGAGAUUUUAGAAAAAACAUCAAACUAAUUUUCUCGCCCGUAUGCAGACUCUCCUUAAUACGCAUGAAUGAUGUUGAAACACUUAUUUAAGAAAAACGCUAUGAGGGUAUAUAAAAUCAAGUUUGUAAACUAAAUCGAAUAAUGCAAUACUUGUUAAUUAUUAUUUGUUUACAUCCUACAUGUUCUAAUCCAAAGAUUUAAUAAUUUUUGUAUUAACAUAUUCAAACGUGCGAGUAAUAUCUCAUUUCGGUAUUCUGCACUUUAGCUGACUGACAACUGAAAUAUAUAAAAAAAACAGCACAAUUAUGUGCAUCGUAUCUACUUAUAAACCAGCUUUGAAAAACAAGAGAAGAUGUUCCAUGUAUAUAGUGCACUUUUUAUGAAAAAUUAAGAACAUUAGAAACAUUAUUUUUAAAUACUAACUUACGCAAUUUAAUUAUUGUCUUAUUGAAAUAUUGAAAUGGAUUAUUCCAUGACAUGAUUUAUAGGGAUUAACUUGUGUUUAAUGCAUUUUGUAUAACGUUAGUCAUAGAUAUAUUGGUUAUCAUAUUAUAAGCAAUUUGAUUCAUUCAUACCAUAAUGACAUAUUUUUCGCAGUUUAAUCGUAGAACGUAUCAUAGUGCCCUUCUAUCGAAAAUUACUUGUAUUUAUUCUAUAUCUCAAAACAUACAUGCAAUAUUUUAUUAAAAUAAUCAAUGUUUAUUAGAAAAACAUGUUUAAGAUUUGUUUCAUAUAGAUUCACAUAAUUUUUAAGUAUUAAAAUAUGCAAUUUUAUAAUUGUCAUUUACAUUAAAACUCGUAAUUUAAUUAAUGUGAGUGUUUAUGUCAAUAUUGCAGUCGCAAAUUAUUUGCGAAAGUGCACAUAUUGUGUGCUACUUAUAUUGAAAUAAUACAUCGACAAUCACAUAUCCUAAGAUGAUGGAAGCGAAACUAUGUAAAUGAUUUUUGUUAAAGACAUCCAUUUAAUCAAAUUCAACAUAUAUAUGUACGUAGUUUUAACGAUACAAACGAAACCUAUUACAUGUAUAUGGUGGAAUUUGUUAAUAAUCAUAAUGUUAUUACGAUGCAUUCUAAAUAAGAAUGCGGUCUUGACAAUUUGUCAAUUGGUCCUCGUCGGAAAUGACAUAUAGGAAAAAAUAUCUUUGAUGAUUGCAGAGUUUGAACAUUAGUACAUGUAUUGUCGUGUUCAAAAUCCUGAAAAGUAGUAUUAACUUUGCAAAGUCAUAUUAUUGUGUUUUCAAAAGGCUAUUGCAGAACGAAUCAAGGGAAACAAGCAAAUAAUCCAAUAUACAAGCAUAUAUCAUUUCUAUCUUUCUUGCUUAAUUUUUAGCAUUGCUUUGUUGUAUCAUUAUAAUAAUAAAAAAAUGCUGUUAAAUAUGUUCAGUACAGUGAUGGUCUAUUAAAUAUUAUUCAAACCUGAA